UUUGACACAACGUCUGAUGCGAUGUUUGCAAAACAGUUGGUUGAGGGUGUGCUAAAGUCUAAGUCUGGUGGUGAAGAGGUACUACAGCAGUAUCAAGCAAAGGAAACCCUUAAAGAUCCCACAAGAAGACAAAUGGUUAACAUACUGGUGGCUCACAUGAUCGAUACACAUGGCAACCUUCCUACUAAAGCUAUCCGAGAACAGUAUGCUCUUGGGAUAGUAACGCUGUUUCCUUCCCUCAAGGAUCCAUAUUCCAAAAAAGGCUAUGAACACUUCUACGAUGCCACAAGUAACACAGGAUACAUCGCCUGGCGUCUAAAAACAGUCCAGAGGAAGUCUCGUCAAAGCUCUACUUUGCCACCAAACAGUUCUGAGAAAGUCCUCUAUAGUUCCAAAGGAGGCCCAGAAUGCCAGAGGGCUACUAAUUUAGAAGGGCAACUUGAUGGGGACGCUUACCAAGAGGCCAUUUCUUUGCUUAACCAUACCACAGACAGGUCUAUGAUCUUACAAAAGAUGAUGGAGACCUUUCAGCAUCGACAGAGGCUUGUUAAAGAUGCAGACAGAAGUACUGAUAUCCUCUCCAUCUUCCCAAGAUUCCUAGACACAAAAGGAUUGGUAAGUUUGGAAUGA